CAAGGGCGGACUGACCAUUUGGAAACUCGGGCACUGCACAAGGGCCCGGGGUCAGUAGGGGGCCCCAUGAGAUGCCUCUGGUACCUUUUUCAUAGGCUUUUUUGAGUUUGGGCAAGGACACAGGGGCCUCAUGAUCCCCUAUUGCCCGGGGGCCCCAUGAGUAGUCAGUCCGCCCCUGGGUUUGAUGGAUGUAGUAGCAGUUCUCAAUGGAUUGUCAGGGUGCUUAUCAGAUAUUUUGGUUCUAAUGCAGGGGGCCCCUUGAGAUGCCCCUGGUACCUUUUUCAUAGGCUUUUUUGAGUUUGGGCAAGGACACAGGGGCCCCAUGAUCCCCUAUUGCCCGGAGGCCCCAU